AUGAAGAUGACACCCACUAAUGCUUUGGAUUUUUAUGCGAUGCAAGAGCGCGAUUGCGCGCGUGCUGCUCAUCGAGCGGGCGGCGACGAGCCGCCGCGGCGCCCAGGUGCCGUCCAUGGUCAUUCAACUACCACGGCCACCGACCUCGACUGGCAGUACGAGACGGCAAGCCCGAGGCCCGCGCCUGCCAGAGCUUCCCCGGCAAAGCGCUUGCCCAGUGCGGUCGCCCCUGGGCGGCGUGCGAUCGGUGUGACCCACGGCAUGAUGUACACCGCCUGGAGCUCCACCGUCCGCGACUACGACGAACUGGCAGGUUGUCCCCGCAUGGCCGGCCCUGGCGCUUCACGGCCGACGCAUGCUACCGUAUAUGACUUGAAGUCGGAGGACAACACGGAGACGCGGCGCGUGGCACGCCGCUACCACGGCGUGGGCGGCCCGCUCACCGUGCAGCGCUUCCCGGCACCGGCCGCGCUCCGCCGCACCUCCCUGCGCGCGGGGGCCCGCGAGCUCGGCCUGCCCUUCAGCGACACCUCAACGCGACCAGAAUCACCGGCUUCUCCGUCGCGCAGACCCACCUCG